AUGUAUUAUUUGAGCCGCCGUGUGCUUAUCAUGUUGACGUGCAGUGUGCUGAUCACGACGAUUGUAUUCUUUACCGCCUACGGCGUGUACGGAGCACCAUCAUCCGCAGAGGACACUUCGGAAGAGAUCGGUGAUUCGAACUCUGCCGACCUGUUGGGUCGAAAGCUUGGCUUUGAGCUGAAACAAGUCCACGUGUUUUUCCGCCACGGACAACGUACACCGGCUGACACGUAUCCGAAAGAUCCGUACGUGAACUAUACCUUUGAACCGUACGAUUGGGGCCAGUUGACAAAUCAAGGCAAACACUCUGUCUACGAGCAGAUCGGUUUCUUUUUGCGCGAUCGCUAUGGACGGUUCGUCGGUGAAACGUACAGUGCCAAAAACGUUUACGUACAGACGACUGGUGUCUCGCGAACGCAGAUGUCUAUGCAGCUUGUGCUGGCCGGUCUUUUCCCACCGGAAGGCACACCACUCCAGUGGAAUCGGCGACUAAACUGGCAACCGAUACCGUACUUCAGCGAACCGCUUAGCCAAGAUACGCUUCUUCUAGUGCGAGUGUCCUGUCCACGAUACACCGAAACUGUGAAGGAAACUUUCAAGCUGCCGGAAGUCGUUACUCUUAUGAACGCUAACAAACAGCUGUUUGAGAAUCUCACAAGCAUCACUGGAUUGACGAUAGCGAAUCCGGACGACGUACAGUCACUGUUCAGUACGCUUAAAGCUGAGUUCGAGUACGGUCUUAAGCUGCCCUCCUGGACGAAAGCAUACUAUCCGGCCAAGUUGCUACCAUUAACGAAGAAAAGCUACGCCCUCAACGUCUACACGGACGAGAUGAAACGUUUAAAGGGUGGCCCGUUCCUGCGCAAGACUCUGAACGAAUGGGAAGCCUUGAUUGCUAAACCAACUGGUGCGAACAAAAAAAUCUUCCUGUACGCCGGUCACGAUUCGACCGUCGUUAACAUUCUGUCGGCGUUGAAGGUUUGGGAUGAGACCGCCCUGCCCGAUUACGGUGUGAUGGGUGUGCUGGAGUUGUAUCGCGAUUCUAGCAACGGUCAGUACGGUGUAACCGUCAGUCUAAAACAACUCGGCCAGCGUCUGGAGCGUCUCACAAUACCUGGGUGUACGCCAAUGUGUCCGAUCGAAAAGCUGAAAACUAUUCUGAAGGAUACAAUACCGACCGACUGGAAGAAGGACUGUGUGGCGAAAAACCCGGACACCGUUGAACCACCACCAUCGGGACCUUAG